CUGGCAGGAUGGAUUUCAGACUGUUUGAGGCUUCUCAAACAGGAGAUAACCAGCUCUUGCACCAGUUGCUAGCAGAGAAUCCACUUCUACUCCAUGACCUUGCCCUAACUUCCACCGAGAACCCGCUACAUGUCGCUUCGUUUGCCGGACAUGUCGAAUUCGUUAAGGAGAUUGUGAAGUUGAAACCAGCUUUUGUGUUAGAAAUGAACCAGGAUGGGUUUGGCCCCAUGCACAUCGCGUCAGCCAACGGUUACUUGGAGAUUGUAAGGGAGCUGCUGAGAGUUGACCCGAGACUCUGCCGGAUGAACGGAAGAGAUGGAUGGACUCCUCUUCAUUGUGCUGCUGCUAAGGGAAGGGCUGAUGUUGUCGGAGAAAUGGUUUUGACCUGCCCGGAAAGUGUCGAAGAUGUGACUCUACAAGGGGAGACUUCCUUGCAUCUUGCUGUUAAGAACUGCCAGUUUGAAGCAGUUAAACUGUUGGUUGAAUUGGUCAGGGAACUGAGGAAGGUGAACGUUUUGAAUAUGAAGGACAAACAUGGUAAUUCAGUUCUUCACCUAGCAACCUGGAAGAAACUGCACGAGGUUGUGGAGUGGUUAGUUGGCAAUGGAACUACUCCAAGCGCAUUGGAAGUAAACAUUGUAAACCAGGGUGGUCUCACACCUCUUGAUCUUCUACUAGUCUUCCCGAGUGAAGCCGGUGAUAGGGAAAUCGAAGAGAUCCUUCGUAGUGCCGGAGCUUCGAGAGCACAAGACAUAAACCAUACUCCCUCUCAUUGCCCCAUGGAAACCAAUACCCUUCAGCUGCAGCAGCCAAAAAACUUGAUGGAAUACUUCAAGUUCAAAAAGGGCAGAGACUCUCCUAGUGAUGCCCGCACUGCGCUACUAGUUAUCUCUGUACUAGUGGCUACCGCCACCUUUCAAGUUGGACUCAGCCCUCCGAAUGGCAUUUGGCAGGACAGCUCCGGAUCAAACAAUAAUGGAGCUGGCAGUGGGAGCAAUGAACCAGCUGCACACUUAGCAGGGAAGUCCAUCAUGGGUUCUAACAAUGCAGUUGCAUUUGUCUUCUUUGUGGCUUUCAACUCGAUUGGAUUUUCACUUUCACUUUACAUGAUCAAUGUCCUCACCAGCAACUUCCCUCUGCAGUUGGAGCUUCAAAUCUGUAUCGUUGCGGUCUACUGCACGUACAACUUUGCAGUUACCAGCAUUGCACCGGAUAACACGAAGCUCAUCAUAAUUGUGGUCACUUCAGUUUUGCCUACUUUGGUUUCACUUGCUGUCCCAUGCGCUAGACAGCUUAUCAUGAUCAGGGUUAGAGAACCUGUGCUAAAUUGGACUCGAAGGUUCAUUUUACAAUAGCUGUACACUAUGUCUAUUUCCGGGAUCAUAUCAUCGUUGGCGCAUUCAUCAUAGAAGCUCCAGCUUCAUAUCCAAGUCACAAUCGUUACUAUCAUCAAUACAGUUAAUAUAUUUACUAUAUAUUACGAAAUUUCUGGUGUAAAAACUUAUAUGAUGAUGUGUUAAGAA